AUGGUCAUCAUUACAGCCACCGGAAAGGCCAGGCGCGCACUGGACAACGUCGACGUUUCCAUCGUCAAGCAAGAGCCAGAUGCCGCAAAGCCCCUAGUUUUCGACUCCAAGUACAUCGUCGACGAGCCCGCCAAGUCCAAGGAAGAGCUGAAGGCCAUUGUUGAGCACGAGGUCGCCGAGGCCAGGAGAGACUGGAGGGCCAGGCUCGAGCAGCCGCUGGAGGGUCAGACGGAGGAGUUCAAGGCUGUUUUUAGGGAGGGGAUCGCUUACCUUGUGCCGGACGUCGACUUUCGCGUCGAGAUGGCGCUCGUCAGAGUCCUGGUCGAUCUGGACGAGACGUGCAACAAGUUGGAGUAG